AUGGAGAAUGAGGCAAUCCCUAGUAUGAUCCUGACAGAACCUUAUCAGAUUAGAGAUUCAAGGGAUGCCCUGGGAGUCAGGAGCUGGAUGAUGGCCACUGGCUAUGACUGGAGGAAGCUGGCCAAACCCAUUAUCACUAACCCACCUCCAUCCACACCUACCCACCCCCCCCCUCAUACCAACACACCAUCCAACAACAAUACCCCACCACACCAAAACACCUACUCACAUUCCCCUGCCCCCACCCCCAUCCCCCCCACACAAAAACAAAACCCAACCCACCCCACAUCCCACACCCUAACCCUCAAAACCACCAUCCCCACCCCACCCCCUAAACCUUACUCAACUUCAGCAACAAACCUCCCCAAAAAAAAAUACUUCCCACCCCAACCACUCCCACCUCCAAGACUAACCAAGAAAACCACCAAACAAAACCCAACAAGUGACCUUGCACACCAUGCAAAAUCCACCCCCACACACACCACAUCCCUACCACAACCCAUAACCAACACACACCUUUCGGACACAAACACCUAG